AUGGCUUGCCUUCGCUCGACGACCUUCACGUUGGAACCGAGCGAUACUCGGCCAUGGGCCAUCCUUGCAAAUUGCUAUACCCUCGCUGGUUCUGAUGACAACGUGCAAGGCCUGACACUGGUGUUCUUCCAUGGAACGGGACUGUGCAAGGAGACCUGGGAACCUACCCUCGAAGAGAUGUUUGCAACGGCACCGCGUGGGCUCAUCAGAGAUGCCUGGUGUAUGGAAUACCCCGAAAAUGGUGACUCUGGAGUGAUCAACGAAUCACGACUCGCAGGACGCGAUUUGGACCACUGGGGUGUGCGUCAAUACGUAGACGAUGCGUAUGACUUCUUGAUUUCGAAACGACAUCAUCCACAUGCCGUCGACUUCUCGAGCAGAAGGCUGGUGCUCGUCGGACACUCGAUCGGUGGGACUUGCGCAGUUCUGCUUCACGAGAAAGAGCCCCGCCUUCCGAUCGUAGGAUUGGUGUUACACGAAGCCUCCAUCGCUCCGGAUUCCCCAGCGCGACAGCGGAUCUUUGAGGUACUCACUAACUACUACUGGACAAGGCGAGAUGCUUGGUCGUCUCGCGAGGAAGCCAUCAAAGAGUUGUCGGCGCACCGUGCCUAUAGCGGAUGGGACCCGCGUGUGCUGGAUAUCCAUUUCAAACACGUACUAUGUUCGCAUCCAGCCGCGAAGUAUCCAUCACCUUUCAACUUCACCGGCGUAACUACUGUGAUGACAAGAGACAUGGAUAGCGCGGUUGCCCGAGCCCCGGAACCCACAGGUGCCGCUUUGCAGGCGUUACCGUCGGUGGUACGGAGGACGCCUACCACCCUCGUCUUCGGGGAUAUAGAAGACCUAUUUCCUCGAGAAUCCAAAGAAGCGCAGAUUGGACUUGUGGCAUUCAAAGGGUCCCGUGCGAACGUCGUGACCGUGGAGGGCGUCGGGCAUAUGGCCAUGCAGCAGCGACCCAAAGCUUUCGCCAAGGCUUUGGUGGACUCGGUCCAGCGCCUUGUCAAAGACACGUCUGGUGCCAAGCUAUGAUAGUUUAAAAUGUCGAAGUAUGACCGGAUCCUAUGCGUUGCCGAUGGAAGCACCGACUACGAAACUGUCCAUCGCUGGAUAGGUACCGAUUCUAUAGACAAUAGGCACGAAGUAGUACA